AAACUGAGGCUUUGUGCUUUGGUUUUCCUACUCGCCAGCACCAACCGACCUGAGUUCCUAUAUAUACAUGUGCAUCAUCCCUUCUCUUGUCCUGAAACAUCAAUCAAACAUCUUAUUAUCCGUUCUGUCUUGUCCUGUCCAACGCUACUUGAACUUUCAGAUUGCAUAAGAGGAUGGAAUUGAAGUUCGUAGAACCCGUGGCCAAGAAUGGAAAGGAAUUGGCUCAAGUUAAUGAAGAGGAUGUUGCGUCGGAGUUUAAAAGAUGGGAAAACGCUGUGGUUGCUUAUUUUCUUGGCCAUGAUUCAACCUUCGGUCCAACUUCUUUCAACAAGUUUAUCAACAAUUUAAUCGACUCGGAGUGGAGAAAAUAUGGGAAUGUUAAGGUAUAUUCACAAGGGUCAGGAGUUUUUGUCUUGGAUUUUGAAUCUGCUCAUGGCAAGGAGUUGGCAUUGGGUGAGGGUCCAAGGUUUUAUGAUGGUAGUAAACCUUUUAUUUUAAAGCCAUGGAGUCGUGAUCUGAGUUUGGAAAUCAAAGAGUUGAAGUCAGCACCGAUUUGGAUUAAGUUACCGAAUCUGAGGUUGCAUCUGUGGUCUCCUGAGGCACUUGGUAAGAUUGCAAGUUUGGUGGGCAGACCUUUGUUUGCUGAUACAGUAACAGCAUCAAGAGAGACGUUAUGCUUUGCAAGAGUUUGUGUCGAAGUGGAUUUUGAUAAGAUGUUACCUGAUUCAAUCACCAUUGAGGAUGACAAGGGCUACAGCUAUGAUCAAAAGGUUGAGUAUGAAUGGCAGCCCACAUCUAGAUGCUCCUUUUGUCUGCACUUUGGGCAUUCUGAUUCUUGUCCAAGACGCAAAACGACUUUCCCAUGCCCGUUCUGUUUGGGACAGCACACGGUGCUGCAAAUACUUCGUCUACGACAGCAUUCGGUUCAACUCCUGCAAUGUUCGGUGAUGAAGCCCCGGUAUUUGGUGCAAACGUUUCGUCCACUCCAGCAUUUGGUUCAACUACUUUUUCAAAAUUUGGUUCCACUCUGCUUAGUACUACUGCUCCUGGUGCUACCAGUCCAGAGGAUGAUGCAAGCAACUACUGCUUCAAAAUUUGGUUCCACUCUGCUUAGUACUACUGCUCCUGGUGCUACCAGUCCAGAGGAUGAUGCAAGGACUUCUUAGUCUGCUCCAGCACAAAUUUCAAUUUACCAAUCUCCAAGCACAAUAAUUUGAUUUUGAAACCUAUUUAUUAUCUCAAAACAGUGUUCUGAAUUUCAUAAACUGAACCAAUCUUGGUCAUGAAUUGCGAUUAGUGUCUGUGUUUCUGUAACAAGACUAUAUUGUUCUUGAAAUUUGUAUGUCUUGAAUCCAACCCUUUAGCAACUCCUCGCCCACCAGUAGGCUGCAUUUGCAUGAUUUCAAGCAUCCAAGUGUCACCAAUUAA